AUUUAGAAUAUAAGACAAGAUCCGUUGAUUGAAGGGCGAAAUUAAGAAAUUGGGGAGCAUUUCUAGGGUUUUAGCAGUGUUGAUCCGGAGUUCUACAAUGGAAGCCAAAGCGGAUGGGAACAAGUAUAGCAUCAUUGUCCCCACCUACAAUGAGCGCCUCAACAUCGCUCUCAUCGUUUACCUCAUCUUCAAGCAUCUCCCGAAUGAGAAUUUUGAGAUCAUAGUGGUUGAUGACGGGAGUCCAGAUGGAACUCAGGAAAUAGUCAAACAGCUGCAGGAAGUAUAUGGGGAAGAUCGCAUACUGUUGAGACCUAGAGCGAAGAAGCUUGGCUUAGGGACGGCCUACGUGCACGGUUUGAAGCAUGCAACUGGAAAUUUUGUUGUCAUAAUGGAUGCAGACUUAUCACACCAUCCGAAGUACCUGCCAAGCUUUAUCAAGAAACAGAUGGAGACAGGUGCAAGCAUAGUUACUGGAACUAGGUAUGUAAAAGGUGGCGGGGUUCAUGGGUGGAACCUGAUGCGCAAAUUGACGAGCAGGGGAGCCAAUGUCCUUGCACAAACAUUUCUAUGGCCAGGUGUAUCCGACUUAACUGGAUCAUUCAGGCUUUACAAAAAAUCUGUGCUUGAAGAUGUUAUAAGCUCAUGUGUGAGUAAGGGGUACGUUUUCCAGAUGGAGAUAAUAGUUAGAGCUUCAAGAAAGGGUUAUCACAUUGAAGAGGUCCCAAUCACAUUCGUAGACAGAGUAUAUGGAAGCUCGAAACUUGGGGGAUCGGAAAUAGUGCAGUAUCUCAAGGGACUUCUGUACCUUUUGGUUACAACAUGAAGAUGCAUUUUGGAGAGUUUCUUACUUGCAGAAAUUUAUAAGGCUAGACUCUUAUACAAUCAUUUUGACUGUAACCUCAUAAUAUGUUUAAACUCUUACUUAAAAAAAAUCUUUAUAGAGUGUGUUUUUUCAUGUUAGAAGAAAAGUAUUUUUCCUA